UAUAAUGAAAAUAUAAAGGAAAUAGUUCCCUGUGUUUUUAUCCAUGUCCAAAAUAAAACUUACUUUUUUACAAUUAGACUUUGCGUAUAUCAUGCAGUCUUCUUACAAUUACUGAAUUAGGCUUUGCGAAUUCAUGCAGGCUAACUGCAAGGUUCCAAUACACAUUUUAUUAAUCGUUACAUUAAUUAAUCCGCAGUUAUCAAUGGUUAUUUAUUUUGCCUAAUUUAGGUCCCAUCAACUGUAAUCCAAACAAAAACCUGCGAAAGGUAACAAUCCAUUAAUUGCAAAGUGUGGUACAAUGUGUGACGUCAGAGCACAAGCGGUGAUAAGAUCAAAGGCGCAUGGCUAUGGUUGUAUUUAAAUCAGUCAGUCGAAUACCGUAUGAUCCCAUUUGAUUGCCAGGAUUUCGUCUAGGCUGAACAUAAAUGAUGAUGGACUGGUUGCAUAGUGUGGUUUUAUUGCUGGUCCUACUAGCUGUGUCUGGACUCCCGCAGGAGGGGACAUAUGAGGGGAUACAAGAUGGAACACAGGGACCUCUUGUUAAGAAACAAGAGCUUAAGGCUAACAGGGAUAAUCUUAAGGUGUCUGAGAGUAGUCUUCAACCACAGCAAAUACACAUCAGUCUUGGAGAUAGUUCAAGGGAUAUGACAGUGAUGUGGGCAACAGAGGGGUAUGAUUCGUCUGUUGUAGAGUACCACACGGGGGACCGUACACAGUUACAGAGGGCGGAGGGCCAGACAAUGAAGCUUGAUGACACUAAUGAUGCGGGGCUCAAACACUUACAUCAUGUCACCCUGCGAAACCUAGGCCCCAAGACUAAAUAUUUCUACCAAGUCAGAGGACAAUCAGAUGACACACUGAGUGAAUCGUACAGUUUCACCGUCCCUCCUGUACACGACGGCAACACUCACAUGUUCAUGGUUUACGGGGAUCUGGGAACACAGACCAACAACAUUCAGUUCCUGCUCCAGGAGGCCUUGAAUGAGAAGUAUGAGGCAAUCUUCCACAUCGGGGACAUCGCCUAUAACCUGAGUAGCAAGAAUGGUGAAAUUGGUGACAAAUUUCUGAGGCAGAUUGAGAAGGUCUCUGCUAGGAUACCAUACAUGACAGUACCUGGUGACCAUGAGACAGAUCAUAACUAUGUACACUACCGUCACAGGUUUUCCAUGCCUAACCUUCCAUGGCCUAUGCCCAGUAACAAGUUGUGGUACAGUAUUGAUGUUGGCCCCAUUCACUUCAUCAUGUACUCAACAGAAGUGUUUUUCUAUGACGAUGAAAAUACUGAAGCCAUGUUGAACUGGUUAAAGGAAGAUCUUGAUAAAGCAAACUCAGAAAGAUCUGCAAGACCGUGGAUAAUAGCUAUGGGUCAUAAGCCAAUGUACUGUUCUGUUGAUGACAUAAAUGCAGACUGUAGCAGAAGUAACCCUGUGGUACGUAGAGAACUGGAGGAUCUGUUUUACGCUGAAGGGGUGGAUUUGAUUAUAUCAGCACAUCAACAUUUGUAUCAGCGUACUUGGCCAGUGUAUAAGAAACGUGCCACUCAGAAUAACUACAGGCAUCCUUCAGCCCCAGUGCAUCUGAUUAUUGGUACUCUGGGCUUGCACUACAUGGUAGAUAAGGCGAACAAUGAAGGUGGUCAAUGGUUAGCGUUUUCAAUGGACGAACCGGGACGCGAGUCAUUCGGACGACUGAAGGUGUACAAUGCCACUCACUUGUCAUGGGAAGUGAGAGAGUGCUUGAAUAACAGAGUUAUAGACACAAUGUGGAUAAACCAGCCUUACCAUAGACCUUUUACACAACCACGUGUGUUUUUUCCCAAUCCUCUCGGGGAAAUGGGUCAGGAAUGGAUGGACGAUCAAACCGAGUCCUACGGCCUUGAAUCAUUCCUUGGUUUACGUGGGAAACAUUAUGGUGAUGAUUACCAGACCAAACUCACUGUACUGUUUUGUGUGUUUAUUAUUUGUCUUCUUGGGUUGAUUGCUCGGAAGAAAGUGCUCAGCUUUGUGAGGAUAAUCUGCCUAAGGAAGGAACCUUGCAAUAAGAUCAAGGCUGGCCUGAGUCCAGGGGGAGCUAAUGUUUAAAUGAAAAAAAUCAUAAUUUGUGACAAAGUUUCAGGUCUUUGAAAAUAGUAUAAAAUUGUGCCUUUAAAAACAUCUGGCUCUGUGAUAUUGGGUGGCCUAUAGUCAAAGCAAGAUCUUAUCAGUUUAUUGUUAAAAAAAAUGAUUGGGCUUCUCAUUCAUAAUUUGCCUGAAAUCAAAAAUCAAAAAUGUCUAUUUUUAUUUUUUUAUGAAGGAUGGCUCGUAUUAUUCCUUUAAUUGGCAGUUGGGUCACAAACUUUUAUAUUCAAGUGAAUACCUUGUCAAACAAACAUUGUAUGCUUGUACGCCUGUAUAAGAGAUCUAAUUCUAAUAGCUCCAUAUUGGAUAUCCAUGGACAGUCACAGUUAUAUGAUAAUUGCAUUCCAAGUGCUACAUGUAUUAAGCGAGAAAGAAUGGUGAUCAGGUUGUGAAUCUUUAACAUCAGUCAUGUACAUCAUAGGUAUAGUUCCUCAUCAAUACAUGUGUACUAACAUAGGGCAUAGUUUAUGGAUUUGAACAUGUCAUAUUUCAUCCAACAAUCCAUACAUUUACAUUUUAAUAACUCAUCGAACAUUCUGAUGUAAGUGUUGUCCAAUAUUUAUGCAACUUAAUAAGUGCUGACCAAUUCAUGCAAAUAUUUAUUCAUGUAUUAUAAAAUUUAUACAGUAGCUUUUAAUGAGUGGUUUACACAGUAUUGUACCAGAUCAGCCUAUGUAAUGUUCAUAUAUAUUGAUCAAUUUCCGAUAUUUAAUUGAGUUUUAUAACCUGUCACUAGUGAUAUUAAACGACUCAAAUUUUCCUAAGGAUCAAGCAUGAUUAUUUGUUGUUAAGAUUUUUUUAACAGUGUAAGGAAAUAUAGUCUGGUAUUUUAAAGUGUUAGAUAAUUCAACAUCAUUCAUCAAUAAAUUCUGAUUUUUGGUAUAAUAUUUAUGUUUGUUUCAACCUUAUUUUUUUAAAAAGGAAUAUAUUUUGUACAUGAAUAGAACCAAUUAAUAUAUUAUGAUUAGAUGUUAUGUCUCUGCCAAUUUUAUUAUGCAUGUGUAUUUUAUGCUUAAGUGAAAUAAUUCAAUUUGAGUACAUUUCAUUCUUGCGCUAUCAUUGUGUAUUUCCAUUCUCAUUCAAAAGUUUUCAGACAAUCACUGAUGUUGGUAUCAAUUGAACAGCUCUAAGUUUUAACAUGGUAAAUUGUCAUUUUUUUCUUAUAGAACAUAGAACCAGUCCAAUUCCUAUAAUCGGUAGUCAGAUAUAAACUGACUGAAAUUAUAGAAUUUGCUUGAAUCUUUUGUCAUUCAUACAUGAGUUAAAGCCCAUGACAUUAUCACGUGUUAAACACAUUUUGAGUAAAUGUCUGGUACAAGUUCUGUAAUUGGGUAGCUACAUGUAUGUACAUAUGUCAAGGCCUUUAGAACAAGACUUAGUGAGAUCUUGUCUUGAAUGAUCCCUUGCAAAUUGAAGUAGUACUGUAUACAAUUAUAUUACAGUGGUUAGCAAACGUCAAAAUAUAAAAUAAUAUUAAAUAAUUUUUCUUCAAUAUUUUAGGUUUGAAAUACAUGUCAAUGUGAAUCAUUUGAAAUUGGCUGCUGUAUUGAGUUAUAAUUUAGUCUAUUAACAUGUAUGUAGUGUUUGUUAAGCAACAUGUAUGUUUUUUUCAUUUACAUUCAAAUACAUCAAAUCGUUGUAAAUAUAUUCAUGUACAUUGUCUCAUUGCAAACAGUAAUUACUAGUAUUUGCUGCAUAAUAUGUGACAUCAGUGGUGUACUGUAUCCGAUCAAGAAUAUGUGAAAAUGAUCAUGCAACUGUGAGGGUGUUGCUUUGCUUCAUUUUUUUUGUACAGAUAGAUUUGUUUAUAUCGUUAAUUAUGUAUAUUUUGUGAUAAACUAACAUUUGUUAUUAGAUUGUAUAAUAUGCCAUCACUGGGAAUAUUAUUUGAAGAGAAUAAAUAAUCUAAAAAUA